CAGCACCUGGCCAGUUAUCCAUAACCAUAUUUCGAUACACGCGAGUGCACUUUUUUAGACACAUACUGUACCGGAACAUUGCUCCUUUUCGAAACAAAACGCUUGUGACGUCGGUGACGUGGAGGGGAAAAGACGCCCGUUUGAGUCGCAUUUUGAUUUAUUUUGAAGAAGAGCUUGUGAUGCACAAGAAAAUAGGAUUUUGAGUAGCUCUUGGCUGUUGAAUUGUAGAUAACUAGUAACUCAACAAGUGUUAAAAACAAUGAACAUCAUACAGUUGAGACGUUCACGUUUACUGAGACUUAUUACUGUUUUGCUGCUGGUAGCAUGUGUAUUGUUCUUUGCUAAUCAAAAUCCAGUAGCAAAUGCAGUGAACUCUCAAGAUGGUCAUCACAAGGCAAAAUCCCGCGAAGUUAAAAAACUGUCUGUCUUCACACCUGAUAAAAUGGGAAAUUUUGAACCUCCUAUAGAAGCUCCAAGAUCAGGUCCCGGUGAAGGAGGAAAACCCCAUACAUUGCUUCCUGACCAAAGGAAUGAGGCCAGUCAAUCCAUAUCUGAAUUUGGCAUGAACAUGGUGGUCUCUGAUGAAAUCAGUCUUUCAAGAACAAUAAGUGACACAAGAACACCAGAGUGUCAACAUUGGAGUUAUCCAGAAGAUUUACCGAAAGCCAGUGUUGUCAUAGUUUUUCACAAUGAAGGAUGGUCAACACUUCUACGAACUGUGCAGUCUGUUAUUGAUCGUUCCCCACCACAAUUUCUGGAAGAAGUUUUGUUGGUUGAUGACUUCAGUGAGAAAGCUCAUUUAAAACGGAAACUGGAGGAUUUCAUAGAGAGAUACGAUGGAAAAGUCCGUCUCAUUCGUAAUAAGGAACGCGAAGGAUUAAUUAGAACACGAACUCGAGGAGCUGAGGAAGCUCGAGGAGAAGUUGUUCUAUUUCUUGAUGCACAUUGUGAAGUGGGACUUAAUUGGCUUCCUCCACUUCUGUACCCAAUAUAUUUGGACAGAACUACCAUGACUGUCCCGCUGAUCGAUGGAAUCGAUCACGAAAACUUUGAGUAUAGGCCUGUAUACCAAGGUGAAACUAACUUCCGGGGAAUCUUUGAAUGGGGAAUGUUGUACAAGGAAAACGAAGUACCUGAAAGAGAGGCACAGACGAGGACUUAUAAUAGUGAACCGUACAAAGCUCCAACCCACGCAGGAGGCCUAUUUGCUAUCGACCGAGCGUAUUUCCUCGAGAUUGGAGCUUACGACCCUGGUCUCCUAGUGUGGGGAGGAGAAAAUUUUGAGCUUUCAUUUAAGAUUUGGCAGUGUGGCGGUAAAAUUCUUUGGGUACCUUGUUCGCGUGUCGGUCAUGUAUACAGAGGUUUCAUGCCUUACACUUUCGGCAAACUUGCUGCAAACAAGAAGGGUUCUCUCAUCACCAUCAAUUAUAAACGUGUGAUCGAGGUGUGGUUUGACGAUAAGUAUAAAGAGUUCUUUUACACGCGUGAACCGACGGCCCGCUUCCUUGAUAUGGGCAACAUUACACAGCAGUUAGAAAUGAAGAAACGAUUAAAUUGCAAGAGUUUCGCUUGGUUCAUGGAAGAGGUAGCCUAUGAUGUGCUGGAUAAGUAUCCUGAACUUCCAGCUAAUCUACAUUGGGGUGAACUCCGUAAUACAGCUGCGCGUCAGUGCUUGGAUACCAUGGGUCAUCAACCCCCAAGUUUGAUGGGGAUUUCUCAUUGUCAUGGUUUUGGCAACAAUCAGCUAUUCCGCUUGAAUAAAGCCGGGCAAUUGGGUGUAGGUGAGCGAUGUGUCAAUGCAGACAGUCAAGGUGUUAAGCUGGUCGUUUGUCGUCUUGGAAGCGUUGAAGGCCCUUGGGAGUAUGAUGAGACUUCGAAAACGCUGUUGCAUAAGGUGCUGAAGCGAUGUUUGGCUGUCCAUCCACAGAACAAUCAUUUGACGCUGCUUCCGUGUGACACUGCCAACAACUACCAUCGUUGGGAAUUUCGUGAGAUCCAGCCAAAAUGAUUCUGAAAGUUAGGCGUUUGUGCUUAUGUACCCCAAAUUGUGCUGCCUUUGCCAUUCUCAGUAAUGUUUGGCGUGUUGAAAAUGCAAUGUUACUGUAAUAACACAUUCUAAUUUUUGUCUUGGUAUCAACUAUCAAGAUUUUUUUUGUCUGUUUCACACCAAAGUUGUUGCGGCCUACGUAUACUGUGAUGUGCUUCUCACGAGUGACCAUAUUAUUUCCCUCCAUUCCGGGUUCAAUCAUUCAACAGCUAGCGUUCCAGUUUCUCUAUAUAUGUUACUUGUGAAGCCUGAACUGCGUUGCUGGAAUCAAACUUUUUGCUUUUUUUUUUCGUUCGUGGUUGUGGGGAAAAUUUUGGGUUUGUUCAUUAUCACUAAAAAUACACAAGUUUGGUUUGA